UACAGUUUGGACCGUUGGACCGUUCAUAACUGAUUAUGUAUAGAAGUUAAUACACAAAGAGCAAGCCUCACUAUCCCUAAUUCCCGACUCUAACCAUGCUAAAGAUUCAAAUUCUUCUCAAUCUCUGCAUAGUCAUUUUCUCAUUUCCCAUCACUCUUAAUGCCUCUACCUCCUCGUUGAACUUCAACUUCACAAGCUUUAGCUCAAGUGAUCCUCAAAUAUUCACUGAACGAGAUGCGAAUGUGACCGAGGGAGAGAUUGAACUCACCUUAAUCUAUCCUAGCAAGGAAACAAGUGCGAGAUAUGGUCGAGCCACAUAUGCAGAACCACUGCAUCUUUGGGACAAAGCUUCAGGAAACCUCACCAACUUCACAACCCAGUUCUCCUUCCUCAUCGACUCAAGAGGUAGCCAUAAAUAUGGUGAUGGGAUAACUUUUUUCAUGGCUCCGAAUGGAUCAAGAAUGCCUGCAAACGUGAAAGGUAGCGGAGGCAUUGGUUUGGCCAGAAGUAAUAGCGACGCAGUAAACCCAAAAGUGAAUAAGUUCGUCGCAGUUGAGUUCGAUACUUAUCAGAAUGAUUGGGAUCCGCCAUAUGAUCACAUUGGUUUCAACGUCAACUCCAUGGUGUCUUUAGUGAACAGAACAUGGCGCAGUGGAGCAAGAACUGGGAGUAAAACAGAUGUUCGGAUUAGGUAUGAUUCAAAUAAAAAAUCGUUAAGAGUCAAUUUCAGCUUUCUCGAUCGAGACAAUGAGACUAUCAAGUAUGGCUACAAGUCAGCUGAUAUUGAUAUGGCUGAGUAUUUGCCUGAAUGGGUGACUUUCGGAUUCUCUUGCAGCACAGGAAAUCCGAAUCAAAGCAAUAGAAUUAUCUCAUGGGAUUUCACUUCAAGUUCAGAAAUUGUUGAAAACGGUAAUAGGGAAGUGCCAUCGGAUCCUGUUGUUCGAAAAGAAAGAAAAGAAAAAACUGCACUGGUGAUUGGCUUGAUAUCUGGAGCAUGUGCUUUUGUUGUCAUCGUAGGUUUUAUUACACUUUGUUUGAGGAUGAAGAAGAAGAAGGUGAAAAAACCAGAUGAUUUUCUCAUCAGUAUGUCCUUCGGCGAUGACUUCAGAAAUGGGACAUCGCCUAGGAGCUUUGCAUAUCAGGAAUUGGCAAAUGCGACGAGUAAUUUUUCAGAAACGAUGAAGCUUGGAGCAGGAGGCUUUGGUGCUGUUUAUAGAGGUUUUCUCAAGGACCUGAACUCCUUCAUAGCUGUUAAGAGAGUAUCAAAGAUUUCUGAGCAAGGAAUCAAGGAGUACAGAUCAGAAGUGAAGGUAAUCAGCCGAUUGAGGCACAAAAAUUUAGUGAAACUCAUUGGUUGGUGCCAUGAAAAAGAACUAUUACUUGUAUAUGAGUUCAUGCCCAAUGGCAGCUUAGAAUCCCACUUGUUCAAAGUGAAUAAAAGCCUGUUAACAUGGGAUCUGAGGUUCAAAAUUGCUCAAGGGUUGGCCUCUGCUUUACUUUACCUCCAUCAAGAAGGUGACCAAUGUGUGCUGCAUAGAGACAUCAAAUCAAGCAACGUGUUGUUAGAUUCUAGCUUCAAUUCUAAACUUGGAGAUUUUGGAUUGGCUAGACUUGUAGACCAUAGAAAAGGAUCUCAAACCACAAUUCCGGCAGGAACUGCCGGCUACAUGGCGCCGGAGUGUUUAACAACAGGGAAAGUUAGCAAAGAAUCUGAUGUAUAUAGUUUUGGUGUUGUUGCUUUGGAAAUAGCCUGUGGAAGAAGAGCUGUGGAGCUAAAACUCGAGCAAGGCCAAAUUAAAAUAGUUGAAUUUGUUUGGAAACUCUAUGGAAUGGGGAAGCUACUGGAAGCAGCUGAUCCAAAAUUAUGCAGAGAUUUUGAUGAACAACAAAUGGAGAGGUUGAUGAAAAUUGGGUUAUGGUGUGCUCAUCCUGAUCCUAUUCUUCGACCUUCAACCUGGGAAGUUGCUAAUGUUCUGCUUAAUUUUGAGGCUGUCCUGCCAACUCUUCCAUCAGAAAUGCCUCCCCUGGCCUAUCAUGCGUUUCCGAAUCUGUCGUCUGCGUAUUCUUACACUUCAUCUGAUGGAUCAAGAAUCAGCAAUGGACAACAGAGUGCAUGAUUAUUCAAGCUGAAUCAUUUUCAGUACUGUGAGUUGCUUCUUCCACUUUGUUACUAUUGUAUUCCAGUUUAUCUUUGCUCUGAUCUUAAUAGGUAUUUCUAGGAGUUGUCUGGUAAAAGUUGAAAAAUAUAUUUUGAGCAGGUUUGAGUACUUGACCAUUUUCUUUCAUUUUUUUUAAUGUGGAAGAAAAAUUAAGAUUUAAAAAAUUCUUCCGUAUCAAGCUCUUGGAGCCCGUUUAAGUUCAUAUAAAAUCUUUUUUAAUUUAUACACUUUUCUUUCUUGUCCAACCUUAACAUAUCUAGGGUUGAUUAAUAAAUACAUGCUCCUCUAAGUUUCCAUGUAAAAAGGCUGAUUUGACAUCUAAUUGGAAGAUGAACCAUGAAUUUUGUGCUGCCAAUGCAAGAACUAAUCUGAUUGUGUCAUGUGUAGGAGCAAACACUUCUUUGUAAUCAAUCCAAAACUUGUGCUUGUAACCUUUAGCCACCAAAGGUGCUUUGUAUUUAUCAACUUCACCAUCUUGCUUCAACUUCAUCUUGAAAAAUCCAUUUUACUCCAAUGUUUUUCUGCAUUUCUGGAAGUUCAGUUAACUCCCAGGUUUUGUUUCUUUCAAUAGAUGCAAUUUCUUAAUCCAUUGCUUUCCUCCAUUUAGAAUGUUUAACAACUUCAUCAAAGGUUACGGAAUCACAAUCUACAAACAAAGCAAAAUAAAUAAGAGGAUCUUCAGUUUGGUCCAUUCCAGUGACCUCAUAGUCGCUCAUCCAUUUUGUUCGCCUUUUGAUUCUUUAUGCCCCUGGUUCAGUUGUUGCUCCAGUUGAAUUUGGGAUUGUCUCUUGUUGAUUUUGAGCCGAAAUUUGUUGUUGCACAUUAUUCCCAAGUUGUUGUGAAGACUUUGUUUCUUCGCCAUCAAAACCUACUGGAAUGCUUUGAUGCGAUGCACUAUCUUCCCAUUUCCAAAAGCUUUCCUCGUCAAAAACCACGUCUCGAUUGACAAAAAUCCUCUUUGUAGUAGGAUUAUAAAGCUUUUAGGCUUUAGAAAGGUUGCUAACACCAAGAAAGAUGCACUUCUCACCUUUAUCAUCCAACUUUUUUCUCUUUUCAUCAGGAAUAUGUGCAAAAGCCACACAUCUAAAAAUUCAAAGAUAAUCCACCGCCGGUUGAUGACCACUCCAUUUCUCUUCUGGUGUCAUGUUUUGAACAGCUAGUGUUGGGUUUCUGUUUAGAAUGUGAACACUCCAAUUGACGCCAAAAACUCUUUGGCAUUUUGCUUAUCACCAGUAAGUUUCUCACUAUAUUCAUAAUUGUGAGAUUUUUCCUCUCACAAACGCCAUUUUGUUGUGGUGUGUAGGCUGUCUCAACUGCCUUUGGAAACCAUGAGACUCACCUGAUGUGUACUCCCCUCCAUGAUCUGUACGUAACACUUGUAUGAGACAGCUAGCUUCUUUUUCAGCAAGUGCUUUAAAACUUUUGAAAGCUUGUAAAGCUUCAGACUUCUACUGUAGGAAGCAAAACCCAUGUUUUUCAACUUAAGUCAGCAAUAAAAGUAAUAACAUAUCUUUUACCUCCAUUAGAAACUGGAUUGAUUGAUCCGCAUAUGUUGGAGUGGACAAGCUCCAUUCAGAUUUGUAAUGUCCAUACCUAUGACAUCGAUAACACUCCACAUUUGAUUUAUUGGGUGUUGAUUGCUGGUCUCCACGUCCUUUUCUACUGCCUCCACCUCUUCCUUUGCCUUGAGUGUGUUCAUUUUGGUGAUGGUUCCUCUACCUCAGCCUCUACCUCGGCCUCCUCUUGAAGACAAUGUGUGAUUUGAUGAUGCUUUGAGUGCUUGCUCCUGUUUGUCUUCUUGUUGUUUCAUUUUCUGCUCAUGAACUAGUAGAGAACCUUGUAGUUUGUCAAUUGAAAGAGUGUCCAAAUCUUUCUAACUCUUCAAUUGAACACAUCAUGUAGUUGAAUUUCGGUGUCAUAGACCGAAGAAUUUUCUCGACUACAGUCACAUCCUCCCGUCUUCUCUCCAUAAACCCGCAUCUUGUUGACAAUUGUCAUUGUCCUUGGGAAGAAAUCAGAAACUGAUUCUCCAGUUUUCAUUUGGAGUAGUUCGAUUUCUUGUCGAAGUGCUUGAAGCUGCAACCUCUUUGCCUUGGUUGAUCCUUGAAACUACCUCUUCAUAGAAUCCCAAAUAUCUUUUGAGGUUUUCUUGGAAAGAAUGGUUUCCGAGAUUAAACGAUCAAUUCCUUGGAAGAGGUAAUUCUUUGCCUUGAGAUCCUUUAGUCGUAGCCUAUCAAGUUCUUAUUUCUGCCCAUCUGUCAAUGUUGUGUCUGCUACUGGUUCGGCAAUUCCUUCAGAAACAACCUGCC